CUUUGUAAUUUUCUUCUUCCUUGGGACCAUAUCUAUCUGAUAUUCUUCUGGUGAAAGAAGGCCAUUUAAGUUGAAAUGGCACAAGCCAUAGCUUCCAUUAGUUUCUACUGCAUACAGCCGAUGCUCAAAGGCUUCACCGGUCUUCCUUCACACAAGAAAACCCGGCCGUUGAGAUUCACAGCCUUGAAUUCGAUCACGAGUCAGAGAAACGUUCACGUAGCUAUCGAAGCACUGGAAGAGACUGCGAAAAAUCAGAUACUUGCGGAUUCAAACCAUGUGUUGGAACUAAUGCAGUUAGCUGUCGACACGGAAUCCAUGGAGGGUGGAGACCGUAUUUAUGAAUACGUCAUGAGAUUCUCUUUCGGCUACAAUGUUACCAUCUUCAACCGUUUGAUCGACAUGUAUCUCAAGCUGGGAGAUUACAGAAGAGGCGGCCGUAUCUUUGAGCAAAUGAACUGCAGGAACAUUGAUUCCUGGAACAUGAUGAUAGCAGCAUUGGUCGAACACGGAGAAGCAGAAGCGGCCAUUCAAGUUUUCACCAGAUUACAGAACGAAGACGGUGAGCUCAGGCCAGACGAGACCACAUUUACCAGCAUCCUAAAAGCAUGCGAGUGCUUACGAGACGUGGAGAGAGGAAGAGCAUAUUUUGCAUCAAUGAGCAGAGAUUAUGGCAUCACUCCCUCCUCCGAUCACAGAGUGAUCUACGCUAAUCUUAUAAGGAAUUCUCACGCGAAAGCAGCACGAGACAAUGCCAGAGAGAUGCUCUCUAGCACACCUAAGCAAAAUCAAGCACGCCUAGACAGAAGCAUGGCUUAUGACAAGCUCGUGUCGUUGAGCAAGAAGGUGAAGGAAGCCGGUUACGUGCCUGAUACCAGGUUUGUGCUUCAUGACCUCGACCAUGAAGCUAAAGAGAGAGCUCUCCUUUAUCACAGUGAAAGAUUAGCUAUCGCGUAUGGGCUUAUUAGCACGCCGCCAGGGACUACACUGAGAGUGAUUAAGAACCUCAGAAUUUGUGGGGACUGCCACAAUUUCAUCAAGAUUGUGUCCACCUUUGAGAAGAGAGAAUUUAUUGUAAGAGAUAAUAAGAGGUUUCAUCAUUUCAAGGAUGGAGAAUGCUCCUGUAGAGACUUCUGGUAGAGAAAUUACACCAUUUAGCAAUAGCAAAUACUUAUCAAUUUAUUAGCUAAUUUGUAUUUUGAUGCAA